UCCUCUCCUCCUGCCAUAGCACCCGAAAAUGGCAAUCGAACCCCCGUCCUUCUCUCUCGGCUUCGACCUCGACCUCAAUUUUGACGCUGAAACUGAAUCGGUAGUUCCUCAACCGUCGCCUUCCCUCCCGCUGAGCUGCCGAGCACUGCCGGAAGAACACGAUGAGGACAAGGAUUUCGCAGCUUCUCUCGUCAUUGAUUCCCAGGAGGAGCGACAAAACGAAGAAGAUGAGCUGGAGGCGACUCCGGUUUCUGGUCCGGCAGAAGCUCCGCGGAUUCUCAAGCGCCUGAGGCGAGGACCUGCGACUGUGGAGCAGGGAGCGAAGCUGGGACCAGAACUGGGUUCGUCUCCCUAUGAGAACGAUAUUGAAGAUUUCUCUUCUGAUGGCGACGAUUUUUUCGCAGAUAUGCUUCCGUCACGCCAGCACAACUCUGUAUGCAGUAGUAGUUCAAAAGUUACACUUCGUGGGUCAGGAGUAUUAACCGGUCAAUCAUCAGGGCAGUCGUCAGUGGCAAAGCAAAAGGGGAUGCCUUUCAAUACACCGGCUUCAUCAAGCUUGGAGACCAGUCACAGUGGGUUGGUGUUCCCAAAGUUGACUACCAGUCCUCUAAGAAGGUUUCAGUUGAUCUCCUCCGAUGAGGAGCCUACUCCUAGUGGCAAUAACGUGAACAGAAAGCCUGAAAAUGUCGGGUCUCGAUCUGGUAAAGAGAUGGAGGACCUGUGGAAGGACUUCAGUCCAUUGCAGAAUGUUCGGAUUGGAACACCUGCUUUAGAUGAGUUCUGCAACGAGUACUUCCAGUCUGUUACAAACAAGAAUGCAGCUGCUAAUAGACGUGAAACUCAAGAGCAUGUAAGUACCAGAGCAGGUCAUGACCCGAAUCGAAAUGCCAUGGGAGAGUUUGAGCAAUGCUGGAACGUAGAUGACCCUAUUCCGCCAGCCCAUCACUAUUUCUUCAAUGAUGAUGCCAGGAUUCAGAACUUGGUUUGCAAUCGCUUGACCCACUUUUCCCCCCUUGGUGUGGUUAGAGCGCGAAGGAAUCUGCCGCCAAGUGAAUCAGUUAUUGAUUACAUGAGUCAAUUUGGGGGAACCCCUCAAAACAAGGGAACUGGUGGAAGCAACUUGGUGGAAGCAACUUGAUCACCGAUCACCCUGCUAUUAGGUUCGACUUUAUCAACAGAAAGAGAAAUUACAAAGCGAACUGGGUGGCACGCUCGUGUGCUAAGAAUCAACUCCCUGCGGAGUGGAUUCAUGUCCUUGAUUUAAUUUCGCCACUGUUGUAACCCAUGCUUCUACUGAUAGUAAUGAAAGAUCUUUGCCCUUUGUCAAAAAAAAAAACUUGGAGAAGGGAUCAACGUCCAAAUUAAGAAAGAGAGCAAGGAAAUCAGAUGCUAAUGCAGCAGCUUCUCAGGGUUGGGUGGACCCUAGAACAAGUGCUAGUCUUCGUAAGGACGCCGGUCAAAGACGAGUUCAGGCAAGUGGUCAAGCUACUGCUGCUGGUCAUUGGUUUACAUCUUCAGAAGGACUAAAGGUUUACGUCUCCAGAAACGAUCAGGAGCUUACUGGGCAAACUGCCUACAGGCACUUUCAAAAGGGAUAGUGGAGGAUACAGAAAUACGAAAAGGAAAGCCACCAGCAAGAGAAAGAAAGCCUGAAACUUAGGGGAUCUUACCAGCUGCCGCAGUCUAACAUCGCACGAAGUUUGGAGAGCUGUGUGAUAUCCAAUUCGUUUCUCUUUCCUUUUCCCAUACUCUGCUUUUCUCCUCUGCCUCCAGAAAGUUGCAAGCUUUUCAAUCAUGUUAUUCGUUUAUAGUGUUGUCCAAAAAUGGCCAAGAAAACAAAUAAAUGGGGAGCACCCAAAAUCACUAGAGAG